CAUGCAGGCGUGUUAAACACGGUCGCUUAGCUGGGGGACAUAAACAGGAAGCAGGAGCUACUUUCGUUUUCUUGUGGUGCUCUGACAGCAAACUUCUGUGAAGAAGAGCAACUUUAUCUCAGAGCUCAUCAUGGAAACAGUAAUAAAGCCCAUCUUUUCUGCUGCCACAAACAUCUACAAGCUGGCUAAAAAGGUGAAGGCCAACAAAAAGCGCUGCCGGCGGAUUUCGGUCCGAGUCAAAGCCCUCGAGCAUGUGGUGAAGUCCAUCACAGAGUUCUCUCCACAGGUAAAGAAAGCCCUCGAGGAGCUGAACCUAACUCUGGAGUCAACACAGAAGCUAAUUGAAAAAUACACUGUAGCCAACUUGGUGGAGCGCAUCCUGAAAUCGGGCAGCCACGGAGAAGAGUUUGAUACGGUGAGCGAGCGGCUCAACGAUGCUUACCAGGUCCUGUGUGUAGCUCUGCAAUCAGAGCAGAGCAAGAUGCUGCACGAGGUGUUUAGACAGAGAGAGAGAGAAGACGAAAUGGACGGGAAGGAGGACGACACGGAGAUGACCAAAUUGCUGAUGGACUUCAUGAAAGAGCAGCAGGAGAAAACCAACACCAUACUGACACAGCUGGACAAAGUGGUGCAGAUGUUGAAUAAGCCCAGUUUCAGCAGCGUGGCUGUGCGACAGAUUAAACCAGAUGAACUGAAGUAUCAACAUCCCAAAAAGCCCUUCAAGACAACAGCGAGCUGCGAGCUCUACAAAGGAGAAUAUCAGGGAUUCCCAGUGGCCAUCAAGAGAUACAUCGACCCCAUGAACACCAGUGCAGGAGUGAAGUCUAUUUUCAACAAGGAAGUCGACACCAUGAAGCAGUUUGAGUCGCCCAACAUCCUGCGAAUGUUUGGGAUCUGCAUCCAGGAUGAGAACGGACCCAAGCCUCAGUUCUUCAUCAUCAUGGAGUACUGUGAGAAAGGAAGUCUUCGCCAGGUCCUGGACUCUGACCUCACUCUGACCUGGAUCAGGAAAGCUCACAUGUGUUUGGAUGCAGCACGAGGACUCUAUCGACUGCACAACACAGAGGAGAAAUCGAGGGUUCACGGGUCCAUCGACAGCAGCAAGCUCCUGGUGACUAAAGACUACACCGUCAAGCUGGGAGGUUUCAGGCUGUCGAAAACAGAGACGUCUCUGAGAAGGCAGACGGAGGACAGAGCCAUGAGGUCGCUGUGCUACCACUGUCCCGAGAAGCUCCACGACAUCAGCUUCAUCUACUGCAAAGAGUGGGAGAUGUACAGUUUUGGAAUCCUCCUGUGGGAAAUUGUAACCUGUAAGAAUCCUUUUGAAGGUUUUUCAGAUGAAGACAUUUAUCAGAAGGUGUGUGAAGAGAAGUAUCAAGAGCCGCUUCCUGAUGACUGUCCUAAAGAACUGGGACAGCUGAUCAACGAGUGCCGGGCCUACAGCGGCUUCCAGAGGCCAUCAGCUGGAGUGCUGCUGGAUAAACUGCGCAGUGUGGUGACACAACUGGAGGAACAACAAGACUGAUUAGAAUCAUCCUGAAGAGGAAACACAACUCAGAAUAAAACAGGAAGAUAACUGUCAGGAUCCGUGGGCGUUGACGUUAAUAUUUUACUUUUUUUCAUUAUUGUAUUUUCUACAUAUUCUGUUCUUUAUCUGGCUUCUUGCCUUCAUUAGUGGAAUGAAGGCUUCAUGUCUCCAAUGUUUUAUUAGCUCUAAACAGAGCAUCCAGGCUAAAUCCCCGCCCCUCACUCACCCCACCUCCAAUGUUAUUUUCUUAAGGAUGUGGAAUUGUACAUAAAAUCAAUAUCAGACUCCACCAGCAAAAAGUCUCUCAAAACACAACAUAUAUGUGAAUUUUUUUAAUCAUUUUUUUACCCCUGGUUAUUUGUAUUCAUGUUCUAUUCUCUUGUAUACUUCAUCUGUGUGCAUAGCUGGA